AUGACUAAUGCUUUAUCAAUAAGUAUUUCCCCAAGUAUAAGAUCUGUUAAUAAUAAUGAUAAUGGUGAUAAUGGUGAUAAUGGUGAUGAUGGAGGUAAAAGUAAAUCACCUAGAUCUUUAUCAGAUCCUACUUCUAAUCGUCCAAAAAAAGUAGAUCAAAGGGCUUCUCAACCUAUUAAAUUAAACUAUAAUACUUAUAGAAGCAGUGUUACUGAUCUUCUUGAAUGUAUUGAUUAUUUACUUGAAUUGUUGGAAAAGCUUAUAUCAAUGUCACAAUAUCGUCUUUCUCUUGGUAUGAUCUCUCCUCAAUUAUAUACAUUAUUUGUUAAUAAUAUAGGGAAUUCUAUAAUUAAGAUAGAAGACAGUAUUCAAGAAUGUACUAGAGAACUAAAUGAAAGAGAUAUUUCAUUUACUACCCUAACAACACCACAAUUAUCUAUACCUUACAUAGAAUUACCAACAUUUGAUAGUGUAACUGCUGGUGGUGAUCCUAAUUUAAUUAGUAGUUCAAUUGGAAUAUAUACAAGUAUUUUGCAUGAUAUUAGAAAAGUUAAAGAUGAUUGUGAGAAUGAGGAAAAAUCAAUAAAAUAUCCUGUUAAGAAAUGUUUUGAAUGUCAUUAUUCAGCUGCAAUUUUAACAUAUUUAUUAUCUAUUAAAAGAUUAGUGUUUGAACUUAGUACGGCAGAAAUUGAUUACCAAGGAUUAAUAAAUAUAUUAGUUGGAAUGGAUGAAUAA